GUCACUGCGCGCUCCUCGCAAAGCAGUGGCCCAUAUAGGAUGCUCUUGAGCUUUCUGCUGAUUGCCGAGUCGCGCCAUGCCGCUCUACCCAGGAGCUUCUCAAGGAUGCGAUGAAUGCCGACGACGCCGCAAGAAGUGUGACCUCAACAAACCUGAGUGUCUUCGAUGUUGCAAAUCUGGUGUCAAAUGCAGUGGCCCCAAAGAUUCACGAACGUUUAUCAAUCGGAACGCUACAACUCUGACCCAAGAAAGUGACAAAAAAGCGCUAGUCUACGCAUUACAAAAUAGAAGGAAGCCGAAAUCAGCCAACGCCAACUUUGAGAGCUCAAGUACGAGUACUAGCACGGAUGAUUCUCCAUCUCGAAGAACUGCGCUAGCUGUCACUAAGCCAAGCCCACCAUUUGAUAUAAUUUCCAUUGAUUUUCCUGGACGCUUGACGUUCUUGGCAUUGAUCAACGACUUUGAACCUCAUCCCCUUGGGGGUGUCUUCAGGGGCGAUAGAAUAUCGCGAGGUGACCCCCAUUAUUCGAGCGCAGCAUUGUGCAUUCGAGCUUUACUGCGGUUCACGUCUUUGCAGAUCAAUUCGCUCAAUCUACCCAUUUUCAGUCUCCUCGCAACUUACAUGGGAAACUUGAGAAAUGACGAAGAUUUAGCACAACUUGCACAGUCAUCGUACACAUCUGCCUUGAAAAAGUCACGUCCGCAUAUCCAACAGGUCAUAGAGAAUAGCCAACGCAGUGCGAGAUCAAAGGUCAAACUGGAAUAUAUUCUGCUACUAGCGAUAGCAUUUCUGGUAUUUGAAUUCGUGAACGAAAAUGAAUACUCGGAGACUGCUCUUUCCGCCCACGUCGGUGGAGUCUUGAGCAUUUUAGAGCUCUAUGGGCCGAACAAUUUCUCUUCACCUCACAUGCGACAGGCUUUUAGUGGAUUCAGGGGAAUAUUUCUCUCUGUUAGAAUCAGCAGGCAUACCCCAACCUUCCUAGCAGAUCCAGAUUGGAUACGUCUCCCAUUUCUGAAUGCCCAGAAGGCUAGAAUGGAAUUUCUUCACGAUGUUGCAUUGCAGAUUCCCGGGCUCUUCUACCAAACAGAUCGUUGGUUUGAUGGGCGUGGAAAUUCCGCUUUCAACGAUUCCAAUCAAGAAACCUCGGAUUCUACGGAUCAAAAUCUAGAACUCACUCUCUCCCUUUUGAAUGAUUACCGGGUCAUCUUCAAUCAAUUAGAAGACUGGGAAAGCAAUUGGAAAGCUUCCGAGCAGGGUCCUCUAUACUGGCAUUCGGAUAUCCCAAUGCCAAGCAAAUUUGUCGACGUCGACUCGAUUUGCAUACCCUCAUUCCCAGAUGAAACAUACCAAAUCCGUUUCCAAAAUACCCAAAAGGCAGGUCUUGCUGUGACCUUCUGGUCGUAUCGGCUGGAACUUCUUAUGCAAAUGAUAAAACUCCAGCGAAGCUUGCUUGACAUACAGGCUCAAUCAUUAAAAAAGAACCUGGCCAUGGCAGAAGAAACAGCUUGUCUUAUCCUGCAAGCGGCACCUUACCUGACAUGUUGUUUUGAGGGUUCAGUGGCGUCAAAGGCACCCCUUCGAACUGUAUCGAGAUAUUUUGAGCUGGCUACUUGGGAGAAAGAGUUCUAUUCGCCGUUAGCUAGCACUUCAACGUGAAUCGGACAUAUCGUUCCGAGCCUCGAUUUCAAUGAAGC